CUGAAACCAUUCACCGAUCUAUCGAACUUGCCGCGCUCUCGGAAAGGCUGCAGAUGCGUAUGAAGCGUGAAUAGAUUCCGAAGAUCGCGAAAUAAUCGGUCGAGAUGACUUUUGGGGGUGUUUUAGCAUUUUUCACUCUUUGUGCGGUCUGUUUCGCUCAAAAUAUGGGGGAUGAGUUCAUGCCAACUUUGCCUGUUGGGGUGCCGCACAGCAGCGACCCCACGUGUAAAUAUCACAGUGAUUUGUACUUGGAGAACCUGAAGAAUUUGUCGCUAUGGGCUUAUGAGAUGCUGGAUGCAACCGCAAGAUCUUCUGUUGGAGUUCUCAGAGGUAGUGUAUUUCAUAUGGGCAAUUUCGAUCAGUGUCUGUCAGCAAGAGCUCCAUUUGAGACGAAAUAUUGUCUAGCAACGGUAAUUGCUGAUGUUCCACGUCCGGAAAAUCCCAGGAAGGAUCCAAUUUCUCUUUAUUUCAAACCGGACGAAAAUGUCCUUCAGAGGUUGUAUAAAUACAAGGAUAAAACUCAACAGUCAAGAAACGUUAUCAAUUUAGGAUGGUGUGUUCCCUCCUCGUGCUCUCCAGAUGAUCUUGAGGGUUCUCUAAAUAUCUACCUUGAGAAUGAGACUACCCUUCUUUCUGAUCAAAAUGUAACUUACUCCGCAAAAAUCAACAAUCUAUUUUGUCAGUCCGAAUCUGAUUUGAUUUACUUCGAUGGAUUAGAUAUCUCUUUCUGUGUUUUGUGCGUUGUUAUCAUCCUACUGGUAGUCGGCGGAAGUUCAUACGAUUUCAGCAGGAUCAAGACACCCGAAACCAAACUCAAAAGAACUACUUUCACGCAGAAAAUGAUUUUGGCCUUCUCAGUGAAAAAGAACUUCUUGGAUCUGACCAAAAUAGACGAAAGAAAUAAUGCCUUGAAAAUACUGUACGGUAUAAAAACGUUCUCAAUCUUAUUGAUCAUCAUGGAUCAUCGGUUUGGUACGUUUGUAUCUUCAGCAAUCUUCAAUUUUGAUUACGUUGAAAGGCAAUAUAGAUCCCCAUUCGCAUGUUUCAUCUUUCAUGGCGACUUAUUCGUGGACACUUUUUUCAUGUUCAGUGGAUUGCUAGUGGCCUAUGGACUUCUUGGACAGUUCGAGAAGAGAAAAGUCAAUGCUGGAUUCCUGAUAAUUCUCAGAUAUAUUAGACUCACCCCAGUGUACGCCUUCGUGAUCUUCUAUUAUGCAACCCUUUUCAAUCACACUGGAAGUGGCCCCCUGUGGAAGCUCAUUGCUGGGGGAGAUUCUCAAGAUUGCAGGACAAAUUGGUGGACUAAUUUGCUCUACAUAAGCAAUUACGUCAAUGCUGAUCAUAUGUGUAUGACUCACAGCUGGUACCUUCCGUGCGACUUCCAUUACUUCAUUAUAGCCAUAGGAAUAUGUCUGCUCAUCCAUCAAAAAAGGAAGCUGGGAUUGUACACACUGUUCAUGGUAGUAAUAAUCUCCCUGAUAAUACCAUUCUUGAUAACCGUAUUGUACCAAAGACCAGCUAUGCUUUUCUUCUAUCCCGAUUUCUUGACGAGUCCCAAGAACCAUCCAGAUUUCCUUAUGACCUACAGCAAAUCACAUACAAGGGCGACUCCAUAUUUCGUUGGUAUGUUUUCUGGAUAUAUCUAUCACAAACUCAAGGGAAGCAACUACCAUAUUCCGAUGAAAAGAUCCCUAGUCAUCCUCGCAACAUCCAUCAUCCUCCUUCUUGGAGCAAUAUUAACGGGAGCUGUAUUCUACAACCCUUAUCAUCCCUACAGUGCUGUGGAAUCGGGAUUGUACUCAGCUUUGCAUAGGGUGGCGUGGGCAUUGGGUUCUGUUGGUCUCUUGUACGUGGCCAGUUUUGGCCAUGCUAUACCACUGAACAGAAUUUUAACGUGGUCGCCUUGGAUCCCACUCAGCAAGCUGAUCUAUUCGGCUUAUCUGAUACACAUGCAGUUCCAACUGAGGGCAGCCGCUCAAUUCAGGAAUCCUCAAAGGAUAGGGUACUUCGAUACGAUAAGCUUGGCCCUUUCUGACAUGAUUCUGUCGUUCUUAUCUGCAUUCGUCCUUUAUUUGUGCAUUGAAGCCCCACUGAGGAAUAUCUUCAAGGAGUUGCUGAUGCCCAACAAAUCACCACAAACUACUAGAACACCUAAGGAAAUUAUCGAAGAAGAGCCAGUGAUGGAGAAUAAUAUAGUGAGGAAUAUGGUUCAUUACGAAAAAGAAACAACAAGUAGACUUUGAAUGUGUUCAAUUUUCUUUUGAUAAUCUGGAAAAAAACAUCUCAUUCUACAUAUACUGAUGUUUUGUGAAUUGCAGGCAGUGCUCUCUCUUCCUUCAGCUACGCCCUUGUCCAUUAGAUAUAAAUAUGUAUCUACUUCGAAAAUAAGUAACAAAAGCGCAAAACAAAUUUCAUAGAUAAAAAGUAGAACGAGCAAAUUUUCAUCUGAAUUAUGAAAAGGAGAACUUUAAUGGCGUAUAUAAGAAAAGUAUUUAUGUAACAUAUUCAAUAUUGAAAACGUGUGUAUAUUAUGGUUAUAUUCUUAUAGAAAUAUAUUGAUUAUGAUUUAUUAUAAUAUUAUGAAAAAUUUACCUAAGUA